CGAGGGGCCGAGGACCGCCGAGUCGGGCCGAGCGCCGCCGAGCGAGGCCGAGGCGCCGGGCCAGGCCGGAGCCGGACUACGGGAGCCGACGCGGGCCGCGCUGUGGGCGCGGAGCGGCGCGGCAGGCCGGACGGGCCGCGGCAGCAGCGGAGGAGGCCGCGGCGGCCGGUCCGAGUGGCGGAGGCGGCGCGGGCAGCGGCGGGGGGCCGGGCGGCCGGGGUCCCGGGCCCCGCGGCGGCGGCGGCGGCGGCAGCGGCGACAGAACCGAGGGGUUGUCGUUGGUGGGCGCUCCCGGGAUUCGAGCGAGAGGCUCGUAACCCGGAAGCGGAAGCGGGUUCCCGUCCCAGCUUCGCUCGGCUUCCCACCGGCCCCAGGCCCAGGGGCGGUUCCCGCCGCCAUGGACCUGUUGUUCGGGCGCCGAAAAACGCCCGAGGAGCUGCUGCGACAGAACCAGCGGGCGCUGAACCGCGCCAUGCGGGAGCUGGACCGUGAGCGGCAGAAGCUGGAGACCCAGGAGAAGAAGAUCAUCGCAGACAUCAAGAAGAUGGCCAAGCAGGGCCAGAUGGACGCUGUGCGCAUCAUGGCCAAGGACCUGGUGCGCACACGGCGGUACGUGCGCAAGUUCGUGCUGAUGCGGGCCAACAUCCAGGCUGUGUCCCUCAAGAUCCAGACACUCAAGUCCAACAACUCCAUGGCGCAAGCCAUGAAGGGUGUCACCAAGGCCAUGGGCACCAUGAACAGACAGCUGAAGCUGCCCCAGAUCCAGAAGAUCAUGAUGGAGUUUGAGAGGCAGGCAGAGAUCAUGGACAUGAAGGAGGAGAUGAUGAACGAUGCCAUCGACGAUGCCAUGGGGGACGAGGAGGAUGAAGAGGAGAGCGAUGCUGUGGUGUCCCAGGUCCUGGAUGAGCUGGGACUGAGCCUGACGGAUGAACUAUCCAACCUCCCCUCCACUGGAGGCUCCCUCAGUGUGGCUGCUGGUGGCAAGAAAGCAGAAGCUGCAGCCUCCGCCCUGGUGGAUGCCGACGCAGACCUGGAGGAAAGGCUUAAGAACCUGCGGAGGGACUGAGGGCUCCAGGCCCCCGAGGGCACUCUCCCUGUACCCUUCCUGUAAUUAAUAAAAGAUUGGACACUA